AAGAAACCCACAUCCAUCUUUCUGUACUUUAGAGUUAAGGGUCACAAAGAUUAAUCCUUUAUUUUUCUUUUUUCUUUUAAAUACAUUGUUCUCUGUUGCAGUCUUCCGUAUCGAAGACCCUUCCUCACAAUCUUCUAAGAAAGAAUUUUGACCCUUAAAAAGGACCAAGUUUUAUCCUUUUUUUGAUCUCCUCUUGUCUAGGGUUCUUUUUUUAUUAACCUUUUGCCUUCUUUGGAAUCGAUAUUAGGGCUUUUCUUCUCAACCCUCACCCCAACAAAAAAACCCCUUAAUUAGCAAUUUUUUAGUUAAGUUUUAGAAUAAGCUUAGGUGAAAUAACAUAUUCUUUCUUUCUUUCUUUCUUUUUUUUUUUUAAAAAGCUUUCUGUCUCUGUUUUCUCUUUCCAUUAACCACACUUCGAACUUUGCUUCUUCUUCACUCCUAAACUCUUCAAAACCCUAAAUUUUCAUAUUUUCCUUUCCGGGUUCUUAAGAAUCAAGGUAAAGCUUCCUUUUUUUUUUCUGGGUUUUGGUCAAUAUUCGCUAUUGGUAUUUUUUUUUUGUUGGGUUUUAGCUGCUAAAAACCCAUUAGCUUUAAUUUUGGUUAUAAGUUGUGGGUUGAAUUUUUGUUUUUGGUUGAAAAGCUAUGAAGUUUAUUAGUCAUUGUUUGAGUUUUCACCUAACAUAGUAGAAAAAGAAGCAGAAUUUGAAAGGGUUUUGUGGAGUAAAAAAAGAAGAGAAAGAUGAUUGCUGAGAAACCAAGUUGGGUUAGGCACGAGGGAAUGCAGAUAUUCUCCAUUGAUGUUCAGCCUGGUGGUCUUAGGUUUGCUACCGGUGGGGGUGACCACAAGGUACGAAUCUGGAACAUGAAAUCUGUUGGCAGGGACUUGGAAAAUGAUGAAUCUACACAAAGGCUUCUUGCAACCUUGCGUGAUCACUUUGGGUCUGUCAACUGUGUUAGGUGGGCUAAGCAUGGUAGAUUUGUUGCAUCAGGGUCUGAUGAUCAAGUGAUUUUAAUUCAUGAGAGAAAGCCUGGUUCUGGGACCACUGAGUUUGGCAGUGGAGAGCCCCCAGAUGUUGAAAAUUGGAAAGUUGCAAUGACUUUGAGGGGACACACUGCAGAUGUGGUGGAUCUCAAUUGGUCUCCUGAUGACUCAAUACUGGCUAGUGGGAGUUUGGACAACACCAUCCACAUAUGGAAUAUGAGCAAUGGCAUCUGCACAGCUGUGCUCAGGGGUCAUUCCAGUCUUGUUAAAGGAGUUGCCUGGGAUCCCAUUGGGUCCUUCAUAGCAAGUCAAUCUGAUGACAAGACAGUCAUAAUAUGGCGAACAAGUGACUGGAGUCUUGCUCACAGAACAGAGGGCCACUGGGCAAAAUCUCUGGGAUCUACGUUUUUCAGGCGGCUUGGAUGGUCACCUUGUGGCCAUUUCAUAACUACCACUCAUGGUUUCCAAAAGCCAAGACAUUCUGCACCUGUUCUAGAGAGAGGGGAGUGGGCUGCCACCUUUGACUUCUUAGGUCACAAUGCCCCAGUUAUUGUAGUGAAGUUUAAUCACUCAAUGUUUAGAAGGAAUCUUGCCAAUUCACAGGAAGCGAAAGCCACACCUGUUGGCUGGGCAAAUGGAGCUGCUAAGAUUGGGGGGAAAGAAUCACAACCAUAUAAUGUAAUUGCCAUUGGGAGUCAGGACCGCACUAUAACUGUGUGGACAACUGCAAGCCCUCGCCCUCUCUUUGUGGCCAAGCAUUUCUUUGGUCAAAGUGUUGUGGAUUUAUCCUGGAGCCCUGAUGGCUAUUCUCUCUUUGCCUGUUCAUUGGAUGGGACAGUGGCUACUUUCCAUUUUGAAGUGAAAGAACUUGGCCACAGGCUAAGUGAUGCUGAACUUGAUGAGUUAAAGAGAAGUCGUUAUGGUGACGUAAGAGGUCGACAGGCAAAUUUAGCGGAAAGCCCAGCACAGUUAUUGCUUGAAGCUGCUUCAGCCAAGCAAACCACUAGCAAAAAAGUAGCUUUGGAUGUUCAGCAAAACCUUAAAUCUUCUGUUGAGUUGGGGGUCACAAACAAAAAUUCUGAACCUCAGAAUAAUGAUGGGAAGAAGAGCAGGGCUGCUGCUAGUGAUGGAUCGAAUAAAGCGGUGAGUGCUGCCCGAAUUUCUAGUCCUGUGAAACAAAGAGAAUAUAGACGCCCUGAUGGUAGAAAGAGGAUCAUUCCAGAAGCAGUUGGUGUGCCUACUCAGGAGGAAAUUAUUUCUGGCAGUGCUCAGUCUCAAGUACUAGACUUCCCUGUUAUAUCUUCUGAUCAUGGAAAGAAUGAUAAUGGAGUGGUUCCUACUGAUGGUACUGUGAGAGAAGUGUCUGUCAGGGGAACCAUUGGCAGAAGCUCUGACUUGAAGGAGCGCUCAGGGUUCACUGCCAGGGCUACUGUUACUGACAGCCUGGUUAUUGAGAAAGUUCCCGUCUCUGCUGGCCAAGAUCAUAGCAUCAAUGUAGAACAGUCCGGAAGCAUGAAGCCUUCAGGUUCCACUGCUUCCUCUACCACAUCUCUUUCAAUCAGGGUAUUUGACAAGAAAGAAGGUGAGGAUAUGACUCCAGUUUGCUUGGAAGCUCGCCCUAGGGAGCAUGCUGUGAAUGACAUUAUUGGUGUGGGAAAUGCAUGUAUGAUGAAAGAAACAGAAAUUCUUUGCACAAGAGGGGCUCAAACUCUUUGGGCUGAUCGUAUCUCGGGAAAAGUCUCUGUUUUAGCUGGAAAUGCAAACUUCUGGGCUGUUGGAUGUGAAGAUGGGUGUCUACAGGUUUAUACAAAGUGUGGAAGGCGUGCAUUGCCGACGAUGAUGAUGGGAUCUGCAGCAACUUUUAUAGAUUGUGAUGAGAGUUGGAAAUUGUUAUUGGUCACAAGGAAAGGAUCUUUGUAUUUAUGGGAUCUCUUUAAUAGGAACUGUCUCCUCCAUGAUUCGUUGGCAUCUCUAAUCUCUUUGGAUCUUAGCUCGUCUGUGAAAGGCACAAUCAAAGUUAUAUCUGCUAAGUUAUCAAAAUCUGGUUCUCCUCUGGUUGUUUUGGCUACUCGGCAUGCAUUUCUCUUUGACAUGAGUCUCAUGUGUUGGCUGAGGGUUGCAGAUGACUGCUUCCCUGCAUCAAAUUUUGCAAGUUCUUGGAAUUUGGGUUCAAUUCAAACUGGUGAGCUGGCUGCACUGCAGGUGGAUGUGAGGAAAUAUUUGGCCAGAAAGCCAGGCUGGAGCAGGGUAACUGAUGAUGGAGUGCAGACACGUGCUCAUUUGGAAGCUCAGUUGGCAUCGUCUUUGGCUUUGAAAUCCCCUAAUGAAUAUCGCCAGAGCCUUCUUUCCUACAUACGCUUCCUAGCAAGAGAAACAGACGAGUCUCGUUUGCGGGAAAUCUGUGAAAGUUUUCUUGGGCCACCAACUGGGAUGGCUUCGGAUUCCAAGAACCCUGCUUGGGAUCCCUAUGUGCUUGGAAUGAGAAAGCACAAACUUUUAAGAGAAGACAUUCUUCCUGCAAUGGCUUCAAAUAGAAAAGUCCAGCGUUUGCUUAACGAGUUCAUGGAUCUCCUCUCAGAGUAUGGAAGUGUUGAAAACAAUUUAGAUAAAAAAAAUCAAUCUCUGCCAACUACAUCUCAGCCAGUGGUAUAUCUGAUGGACUCUACCCCAUCCGAAGCGGGUCAAACAAAUUCUGCCAUGCUGGCAACAGAUAAGAAGGAAAAUCCUUCCCUUGGUACAGAUCAAAUGGAUUGUGCUCCAUCACUGACAGAUCAAGUAAACUCGGGCACCCCGUCAACUGAUCAAGUAAAUGAGGCUCCAAUAUCAGAAGACGCUGGUUCAUGAUGAUGAACUCUUCAAUAAUGCAUACUAACUAAUGGUGUUCGACUUAGAACAGGGGAGUGCACAGAUACAUCUUUUACAUGCUGGUUAACAUUUUGCCACCUUCAGCUUAGCCCUUGAGAAGGCAGCCUCCUCUGUAUACAGAGCUUCUCAUUUUGGUGGACCAUCUUAGGUAUCUUUUUUUUUUUAUUUUUUUCUCCCAGAAGUCUUCUCUGUGCAUGUAACUUUAGAAUCUCACUUGUUAGUUAAAAGUUAUUUUGUCACUCACCACUGAUAGAAAUCAUUCUCUUGUACAAUUACGCAUGAUAGUUAAUCAAAUCCUGUCUUCCAGGUGUUCCUGUUGUGCAGA